AUGUCCUCUACACCCAGUCCACUGAAGGUUACGAUCGUCGGCGGCGGCGUUGGCGGACUCUCCGCCGCUGUCGCUCUGCGUCAGAAUGGGCACAUCGUCCAGGUGUUUGAGCGUUUGGAGUCGGACAUCGAACUCGGGGCAGCGCUGAGCUUGCAGGAGAACGCCAUGCGUGUUUUGCGCAAAAUCGGAGUCAACCGGGAGAGCCUGAGACCGGUUUAUGCUCGCGGGCUUGUGGGCUUCAAUGCCAUCACUGGAGAAAGCAGAGAGCUACUGCUCGUACCGAAGGAUGCAGCACCAGGACCGACUGACAUCGCACUCGUCCACCGCAGUGACCUGCACGAAGAACUCAAGCGAAUUGCCCUUGCUCCAGACGGAAACGGGCCUCCCGUGCUCAUCAAACUGGGCUGCAAAGUCGUCUCGUGUGAGCCCGAAGCAGGCGUCGUCCUCCUCGACUCGGGCGAAACGAUAUCCGCAGAUCUGGUCAUCGGGGCAGAUGGUCUGCAAUCUGUCAUUCGGUCUCACGUCCUUGGUUAUGUCCAAGACGCGGAGCCCACCGGAUACGCUUGCUGCCGGAGUGUUUUCGAUGCCGCUCCAAUGAAGGACAACCCUGAUUUUGACUGGAUCACCAAGGGUGUUCCCGGGGCACGAGCCGUGCCGUGGAAGGGAGCACCGUUCCGCAUGAUAUUCUGUUAUCUCUGCCGGAACGGGGAGCUGCUCAAUUGUGCCCACUUUUUCCAGGAAUCUGACGAAGACAAGCAAAAUCUUACGAGCCGCACCAUCACUCCCGCUGAGGUCCUCCCCAAGUUCGCCGGCGCUGAUCCGAAAUUCCUCCGUCUGUUCGACCUGCCCAAUCACAACGGUGAACACUACCGGUGGCGGCUCCGCGCCAUGCCCGUUCUCCCCACCUGGUUCAACGGCCGCACAGCCAUUCUCGGCGAUGCGGCCCACGCCAUGGUCCCUUUUAUGGCCCAGGGCGCCGCGAUGGCCAUCGAGGACGGAGCGGUGCUUGCCGGCCUCCUUCCUCUCGGGACCACACCCGAGCAAAUUCCAGCCCGGCUGGCUGCGUGGCUGGAUAUCCGGAAGCCCAGGGCGGAAUUGAUGAGCAAGACUUCGUUUGCGCAGAUCCAAGCCACCAUAGAUGGCAAUCACGCCAGUGUGCAUUUUGAAGAGGCACGUGUGAAUCUCAUGUCGUAUGAUGCGCUCCAGACCGGGAAGGACGCUUAUCAGAAAUUGUUUGCCUGA